AUGAUCGCCUUCACAAUUGUCCUUAUCAACUUCAUCCUGAAAUUUAUAAGCAGGAAGAUCCUGAACAACGCCCUCAACUGCUUCCUCAGUCUGGAGAGGGAGAUGUCCACUCGCUGCCUCAACCCCGCCUGGUCGCACCACUUCAACCAAGCCUACAUCCUUCCCCUGGCGAACAAAUCAAAACAAAUCAACUCCUAUCGAGUGAACUGUCACCUGCCUCGAUAUUUAGAGAGCGUUUUGCAGUCCAGCUGUGGUGUUUUUCCUCGCUGGAAUUUAUUUUUCAUUUUUAUUGCCUUUACUUCGAGAUUCUUUGUUGAUUUUGCUUGCAACGUUCUUGUUUUUGAGAAUCAUGACGUCAGAAGGAUGGCAGAGUUCUUGUUUUCUAGGUAG